AUGUGCUGGUACCAGAGCCGAGCUCGGCUGAGCAACCGGGUCGUCCCACAGGGCAGCCGUCAGCGUCCUUCAGUCUACGAUGAUGAGACGGAUGCAGUGUGGCUCAGAUCUGGGUCUUUCCGCUCCGACAGGAUCUCCAUCUUGCUGGAGAUGGACCCCAGCUUCAUGAGCAAGGGAGAGGAGGAAAAUGAGCACAGGAGGCAAAGAGAGAAUGAAUUUUGUCGGCACGCAGAGGCAGCGCUGCCCCCCAGUGGCCACUUCCUGCUCAUCUGCUCUACGUCGACACGUCUGUGUGACGAUGGAGGUGCAGAAGUGGCGCAGGCAGACCAGGAGAGGGAGGCAGGGCUGUUCAGCAGCACUCAGCCGUCCUCCAUGUCCUGCUCUUGUGGAUGUGAGGAAGAGGAGUGGCUGCCAGGACGUCUCAGAGCUGCUCUGGUGGAGCUUCAUCUGCUCGACUCAGACGAGUCGUUUUCUGAGCCGUCAUCUUCCCUCCGCUGUCAGAGUGUGGACAGAAUAAUGCAGACGGUGAAUUGCUUCUCUGCACACAGGCUGGAACCUAAAAGCAGUGUGUCAGCAUUCAGACAGGCUCAUGGAGGCUGCCACAAUGAACGGAAGGUGACCUGCAAGCACCCGGUGUCCGGCGUCCCGUCACAAGACAACUGCAUCUUUGUGGUCAAUGAACAACCAGCCAGGAAGGCCUCGGCUGAGCAGGAGGGCAGCGCUGAGCAGAAGGAGCGUCCCAUGAGCAUCAUGAGUGAAGCUUCCAACUACACCGGUGGCUCCGAUUACAGCCAGGCCCCCACCUCCAUCUCCACCUCCACCAGGCCUUCCAGGCCGUCCAAGAAGAUCCAUAACUUUGGGAAGAGGUCGAACUCCAUCAAGAGGAACCUGAAUGCACCGGUGGUGAAGAAGAGCUGGCUGUAUAAACAGGACAGCAGCGGCAUGAAGCUGUGGAAGAAGAGGUGGUUCGUUCUGUCUGAUCUGUGUCUUUUCUACUACCGUGAUGAGAAAGAGGACAGCAUCCUGGGAAGUAUCCUGCUGCCCAGUUUUCACAUCUCCAUGCUGUCUGUGGACGACCACAUCAGCAAGAAGUAUGCCUUCAAGGUAAACCCUUCUAGGUGCUGGGCUAGGAUCUCGUCUGGAUUCUUUUUGACUGAUUCAGCAGAAAGUAAAAAGUCAGUCAUGAAAUUUAUUUCACAGCCUGCUCUCCUUCCUGAACACAGACUGGAUAAGCUGAACGUGGACCAGCAGCCGCCUCAGCAAUGGAACAACCUGAUGAAUCACGCGGUCCGAACUCAGCCGGAGCUCCAGAACAAUGAGCGGAACAGGGAACCCGUGCGCCAGGAGUCCCUUUCACGGGCCGAUCGUUUGAAAGACGCAGAGAAACCAAACCGGCAGAGGGAGCGCGAGUACUACACCCUACAGAGAGACGGAGAGAAGUAUUCCCUGAGGAAAGAUGGAGUUAGCUACAUGCUGCAGAAGGACGGCGAGCGAUACGUCCUCCACAGAGACGGAGAGCGAUACCUGCUGAGAAAGGAUGGGGAGAAAUACUCGCUGCAUAAAGAAGUGGAGAACUACGCUGUUCAGAAAGUGAAUAACAGAUAUACAGUCACCCCCACAGAGGAGAAAUACGCUCCUUCCAAAGAUGGAGAGAAGUUCCUCCUCACCAAAGAUGGAGAACGGUCUGCUCUGCAGAAAGUUGGAGAUCGACACAAGCUCCAGGACGAUGGACACAGCUAUGUCCCUCAGAAGGAGGUUAAGAGACAGCUCUCACUGAGGGAAACGGAGCGGUACGGCACCUGGAGGGACCUGGGAACCAAACAGAGCACCGUCCACAUGGUGGAUAAGUACGGCAACCUGAAGGAGGUCAGGAAGUACAGCACCCUGCGGGAGGGGAACAGGUACGCUGCCGUCAAAGACGCAGAGAAGUACGCCACCAUUCGGGCCGGGGAAAGGUACGGCUUUCAGAUGAACCCCAGCUCAGAGAGGUCUGUGACCAAAAUCAGCAGCAUUACGCUGCAGCCCGCUCAGGCUGCCGCCAUCGCAGCCGCAGUGUCUGCAUCACGCCACAACCAGGCGGGCCUCAGCACCCAGAACCCUCCACAGGCCCCCAGCUCUGGGUCCAGGCCUGCAGAACCGCCGGGGGACCGCGGACAGAGCAGCACCGCCGCCAGCCUUCCUCUGCAGGCCCCGGCUCCGGUUCAGGAGCCGGACGGCGGCCUGGCCGGCUCAGACCGCAUGCAGCAGCUGGAGGCCAGAGUCCGGACUCAGCGGAGCCGAGAGCUGGAGGACGACACUCGAAGCGUGACGUCGUACCAGACUCUGCCCAGGAACAUGCCGAGCCACAGGACCCAGACCGUGCACUGCUACCCCGCAGGUUACCGCACUCUGCCCCGCAACAGCGUAGUCAGGCCCGACAGCAUCUGCAGCGUGGCGGGUUCUGUUUAUGACCGGGCCUUCCGGCCGGGCCCCGGCGCCAGCACAGCGGAGAAGAGGAGGUCGCUGAGGGACGACACCAUGUGGCAGCUGUACGAGUGGCAGCAGAGGCAGGCCUUCUGCAGGCAGAGCUUGGUCCAGCCAGCAGCAUGUCGCUACGGCACCCUGCCCAGCACCAAGACCAUGGGGAGCCUCUCUGAGCACGCCGUGGAACGCUGCGUCUCCACCUCUCCGUCUCACGGAUCCCUGGCGCUCUACAGCACCUUCUCCCCUCCUCAGCAGCAGCUCACCGCCAACCCCAACAGCUCGCUGUCUGAGGUGUCCUCGCCUGUCCUCAGAGGCGACGGCACGUUGGAGCGUCGGCAGAGGUCUCAAUUCAGCAAGUACGGAUGUCCAUCUGACCGACGGUCCAUAGCCGCCGCCGUCCCUCCUCAGACCAUCACUCCACAGUCUCUGCAGGGGAAAACGCCGGAGGAGCUGACCCUGCUGCUCAUCAAGCUCCGCCGGCAGCAGGCAGAGAUCAACAGCCUGCGGGAACACACCGUAGCUCAGCUGAUGGCCCUGGGAGCAGAAGGAACCAACGCCAAGACUGAUGUUCUCUCCCACCACCUUCAGAGGAACCUUAUUUACCUGGAGAAGCAGACGAAGGAGAAUGAGCCUCUUAUCUUCAUGAUUCACACAAUGAUUGAGAACUCGGCACCGAGGCCGCAACUCUACCAGCAAGUGGACCCAGAUGAUCUCCCAGACCGCUCUCCGCUGCAGUCCACAGGCGAGGCUGAUGUGGAGACGAAGCUCAGCCGGCUGUGUGAGAAGGACAAGGUGCUGAGGAUGCAGGAGGAGAAGCUGCAGCAGCUGCACAGGGAGAAGCACACUUUGGAAGCGGCGCUGCAGUCGGCCAGCCAGGAGCUGGGAGAGCAGAGCAGCUCCACCACAGCGGCGGCGCAGAGCCUGGUCCAGCAGAGGGACGUCCUGCAGAGCGGCCUGCUCGGCACCUGCAGGGAGCUGAGCAGAGUCAGCGCUGAGCUAGAACGGUCCUGGACGGAGUACGAGCAGCUGGAGGCAGACGUCUCUCUGGCCAGGACCAACCUGCUGGAGCAGCUGGAGGCUCUGGGCAGCCCGCAGACAGAACCUCCAAGCCAGCAGCACAUCCAGAUCCAGAAGGAGCUGUGGAGGAUCCAGGAUGUGAUGGAGGCUCUGACCAGAACCAAAGCUCAGCAGAGACCAGAGAUAGCAGGGUUUCCAGGAUCCAGACCUCUCUCCAGUCAGCAGAAGAACGAGGCAGUGCCACUGCUGCCAUUUAAAGAGGGCCACAAGGUGCCAGCUCGCCCCCCCCUCCCUCAGUGCUAUGACUCAUCAGAGCGUGUCCCUCACGUCCCCCUCCACCACUCACAACCCGGCAGCCGACCCCUCCACAACCACCGGCCCGAAGAGCGAAAGGCCAGCUGCAGGAACGGAGCGCAUAGCCAAGCUCCAGACUACCGGCUGUAUAAGAGCGAGCCUGAGCUAACAACUGUGAAUGAAGAAGGAGACGAGGCCAACAGCGAGGACAAGGAUAAGACCGAGACGUCUGCGGAGCGUAGAGACACCUCAGCCCCCAAAGCGCCCCCCUACCCUGUGGGCAUCGUCGCUCCCAGGACCAAAUCCCCCCUCAGCACUCCUGAGUCUGCCACCAUCGCCUCCUACGUCACCCUAAGGAAGACCAGAAAACCGGAGUCCAGAAGUGACCGGCCCAGGAGCACAGCGGAUCAGACGGGAGAGCGAGAAUUCAUCAGAACCAGGAUGAGUGUGGAGGAGCAGCUGGAGAGGAUGAGGAGGAACCAGGAGGCUUCAUCGCUCCGAGAGAAGAGGAGAGGAACGCUGUCUCGCUCGUCCUCCUUCAGCAGAGACAGUACCGGCCUCCACCUGCAGAAACCUGAGGAGCUUCAGCAGGAGAAGGCCGUGGAGGUGCAGCCAGCGGGGGAGGUGCAGCCAGCGGGGGAGGUGCAGCCAGCGGGGGAGGUGCAGCCAGCGGAGGUGGUGCAGCCAGCGGAGGAGGUGAAGCCAGCGGAGGAGGUGAAGCCAGCGGAGGACUUGCAACCAGCAGACACGUCCAAUCAAAUGGUAAACAAAGGCUGCUUUGUCCAAUCAGAGGUUAGAAAUCAGAGGAGGAUUGAUUAAAUGUUUCUGAAGGCC